CUUCCUGAAGUGGGACCUUCAAUGUUGUCUCAUCAGAUUCUUAACAGUCUGUCCCCAACAGAGUUGUGUGUUACCUGCAACGCAUGGACUGCAGCGGUUCUAGGAGGCUGCUCAGCAUCACUUUCUCAAGGGCAUGUAGGACAGGCUUUAAAUGCUGGCCCCGCCAGCAACGCUAGAGAUCUCUUAUGAAAGAAUUAAAAAUGCUCUCCCUUGCCCCCGUUCACAUUCCCGGUUGUGGAGUUGAGUGAGAUGCCCGCUGCCCUCAAUCCGGUUGCUAUUUGCUGCUGAUCCCGUUCGGCUGCAGCCUCUGGCGGUGCUUCAGCUGCUUAAAAUAGCACAAGUCCCGGGAAUAAAACACAGAGCGGCGGCUCAUUGCAAAACAGCGCCGGCUUCGACACGCCGGGACCUGGGAGCGGUACCAAGCAUGGCCGGGACCCCGAUCAUAGCUGAAAUGCCCAGACAAUUCCCGAAGGUAGCACAGACAGAGGAGGAUGAGCAAGUUCGAAUUAUAGCAGAGAAGGUGUUUGCUUCUGCUCUGCGUGAGGAGGACACCAAAGAUGCACUGUCUUUGUUUGACAUUGCCGAAGACUGCCCGAUUGGUAAAAAGGAAGCCACAGAAAGGGAGCUCCAGAAGGAGAUUGCUGAACAGCAAUCAGAGACCACAGCAAAGAGAAAGAAGAGCCUGAGGCUGAUUCGAUCCCAUUCGUUGUCCUUGCAGAUCCCAACUCCUGAUGUGACUUUCUCAGUUGUGGAUUCCCCAUCUUUGACCCCACAGACGCCCAUUCCGAGUGUCCCUUUGUUUGGAAUACAACUGCCCUAUGAUGUGCCUGAGUUUCAGCGAGUGACCAUUACUGGAGACUACUGUGCAGGGAUCACCGUAGAGGACUAUGAACACGCUGCCAGAGGCCUGAUAAAAGCCUUGUUCAUUCGUAAGAAGUACAUGCGUCUUGCCUAUCAGCUAUUUCCCAGAACAACAGGCCAGUACCUACAAUCAAUUGAAAAUGAUCAAUGGCUAGAGGAAGAUGAAGUUUUACCAGAUUUCCACCCACCCCCCCGGGAUGGUGACGAUCCGUAUGAUCUCAGUGGUGCUCCAGACAAUCUGGAAUAUGUGGUGAGGAUGAAGGAGGGAAUCAUCUUUGUUUAUGAAAACAAGGAGAUGCUGGAACUGGAUGAACCCAAAAGUCUUCCUUACCCAGACCUGCAAACCUUCACACUGGACCUUAAUCACGUCCUCGCCCUAAUUGCUGAUGGGCCCACGAAGACAUACUGCCAUCGGAGGCUGAACUUCCUGGGAUCAAAGUUCUACCUGCACGAGAUGUUAAACGAAAUGGCGGAACUUCGGGAGCUGAAAGGUGUGCCCCAUCGGGAUUUUUACAAUGUCAGGAAGGUUGACACCCACAUCCAUGCUGCUGCCUGCAUGAGCCAGAAACAUUUACUGAGAUUUAUUCAGCAGACCAACAAAACUGAGGCUGACCGAAUUGUGCUGGAGAAGAAAGGACGCAAACUGACUCUGAGAGAGGUGUUUGCAAGUCUCAACAUGGACCCUUAUGAUCUCACCGUUGAUUCACUCGAUGUGCAUGCUGGCCGGCAGACAUUUCAUCGGUUUGAUAAGUUCAAUGCAAAGUACAAUCCAGUCGGUGCAAGUGAACUGAGAGAUCUUUACCUGAAAACAGACAACUACAUGCAAGGAGAGUACUUUGCUCGGAUCAUAAAGGAGGUCUCCCGCGACCUGGAGGAAAGCAAAUAUCAGUACUCAGAACCACGACUAUCAAUCUAUGGUGGGUCACCAAAUGAAUGGGCCAGUCUGGCCAGGUGGUUCAUUAAACAGCAAGUCUACUCUCCAAAUGUCCGCUGGGUUAUUCAAGUUCCUCGCAUUUACGAUAUAUUUCGAACAAAAAAAAUAUUGCCUAGUUUUGGAAAAAUGCUGGAGAAUAUUUUCUUGCCUCUCUUUGAAGCAACAAUCAAUCCCAAAGAAAAUCGGGAACUUCACCUCUUCUUAAAAUACGUGACAGGCUUUGACAGUGUGGAUGAUGAAUCUAAGCACAGUGCUCACAUGUUCUCAGUGAAGAGUCCAACCCCUGGGGAAUGGACAAGGGAGCAGAACCCACCGUACAGCUAUUACCUCUACUACAUGUAUGCAAACAUCAUGGUGCUCAACAACCUGAGGAAGGAACGAGGAUUGAGUACAUUCCAGUUCCGACCUCAUUGUGGGGAGGCUGGUUCAAUCACGCACUUGGUUUCAGCCUUUCUAACAGCAGACAAUAUUUCACAUGGACUGAAUCUUAAGAAGAGCCCAGUACUUCAGUAUCUCUACUACCUCGCUCAGGUACCCAUCGCCAUGUCACCGCUGAGUAAUAACAGCCUUUUUCUGGAAUAUUCUAAAAACCCACUGCGUGAAUUUCUACACAAAGGCCUCAAGGUCUCUCUCUCCACAGAUGACCCCAUGCAGUUUCAUUAUACAAAGGAGGCACUAAUGGAGGAAUACGCGAUCGCUGCCCAAGUGUGGAAACUCAGCACCUGUGACCUGUGUGAGAUAGCUAGGAAUAGUGUGCUUCAAAGCGGCUUGUCACAUGAGGAGAAGCAACACUACUUGGGGGUGAACUACUUGAAGGAAGGGCCCGAGGGGAACGAUAUCCGGAAGACUAAUGUGGCUCAGAUCCGGAUGGCUUUUCGAUACGAGACACUGUGCAAUGAGCUGUCUUUCCUGGUGGAUGCAGUGAAGUCAACAGAGAUGAGUCGCUCAAUAAAUUAGCAGCCUGGCUCAUACAUUUGUAGGAACAUGAAAGGUGAUCAAUUAUGCACCUUAUGAGCCUGUUAUACUGCUUCUGAAUGCACUUAGAUACCAGGCUGGUUCAUAACCAGAAAAGCACAACAGCCUUGUGAUUAAACCCUUACCAGCCAACGUUAUGCAUUGCGUCAUACUAUUUAAUGCUGUUUGCCUCAUGCUUGAUUAUAUUUUAACACUUUUUUAAAAAAGUAAUAGAUAAUCUUAGUACAGACACCACUGAAUAUAUUAUAUAUAGAAUACGUAUAAUAGCCUUAGUAUGUAAAGUGUACAGUACACUGUUUAAAUUUAGCCUGGAAAGCUUGUACUUGUAUAGUCAAAUAGGUUUAAAAUACUAAUCCAGCCAGGGCAUGUUCCUCUGUUUAUAAGUUACUUUGCAUUAGCACCACUGGUGUUAAUUUCUAGACUGUUACAUUUUUUAAAAAACACAUCUAUUCUAUGGACAUUGUACCUACGUGAAUGUAAAUGUAAUACACCGAUUCAAAUUUUAUUGAAUAAACCCA